GAAGUUGUAGAAUGUAUAUCAGUAACUGGGUGGAUAAGGUUUCUGCAGACGACGUCGAGACGGCUUGCGGACAGGAAGGUGGAGAAGUUCGAAAAGAAUAUCACAAAGAGAGGAGCUGUGCCUGAAACAACCACAAAGAAAGGAAAGGAUUACCCAGUUGGUCCUAUCCUCCUCGGAUUCUUCGUGUUCGUUGUCAUUGGAUCUUCUCUUUUCCAGAUUAUCAGGACAGCUACAAGUGGGGGAGGAGGCAUGGCAUGAACUCAGCAACCCUCAAAACCAGAAGACAGAAACUUUCAAAUGUUGACGAUAUCAGUGUCUGUCUCACGUGUCUCCCUUGAUU